GGAGUGGUCCAGCCUUUGGCUUGGAGCUCGGUCUGAUCAGAGGGGGGCUUCCUCCUGCCAGGCCUCACCUUUUAUUUUGGAGGACUGACAUCACCUCUUACUCAGGGGUGAAUCGCCUUUGUGCAUGCCACCUGUCUGCCUUCUCUUACUCGGAGCGAGAGCAAGACCUAGCAGGCUGGGCUGGACGUGCCCCCACCUGCCCGCAGCGCUAGCCUGCGCCGCCACGCUGCGGCCCCGGGACGCGGACCGUGCUUGGGCGCUGGGCGGCGGACUCCAGCAGCUCGGACUGGCUGUCGUGAGGUCCCCGCAACGUCACUCGACCCGCUGUACCCUGGUGCGGUCCCGCGAGACCCCUGCUGGCCCAAGGCGGUCUCUGGGGACGCAGCUGUCCACGUGCGGGCUGCAGACUGGGCGCCGCGGGCUCCAUAGCAGACACCUGCCUGGGCCACAAUGUUGUCAUCUGGUGACUUUACAUCUGCAUCCUGGGAGCUCGUGGUCCGAGUUGACCAUGCACGUGGAGAGCAGCCGACAAAGGUCACACUGAGGGUGUCUGGGGACCUACAUAUCGGGGGAGUGAUGCUCAAGCUUGUGGAACAGAUGAACAUAGCCCAAGACUGGUCAGACUUUGCUUUGUGGUGGGAACAGAAGCGCUGCUGGCUUCUAAAGACGCACUGGACCCUGGACAAGUGUGGGGUCCAGGCUGAUGCCAACCUUCUCUUCACCCCUCAGCAUAAGAUGCUUCGCCUUCGCCUACCCAACACCAAGACGGUGCGGCUGCGCGUCAGCUUUUCUGCUGUGGUGUUUAAGGCUGUCGCUGAUAUCUGCAAAGUGCUGAAUAUCAGAAGACCAGAAGAACUUUCACUGUUAAAGCCUUCUAGUGACUAUUGUAAAAAGAAAAAGAAGAAAGAAAAAAAUAGUAAAGAGCCAUUGAUUGAAGACAUCCUGAACCUGGAAAGUUCUUCAUCAAGUUCAGGUUCUCCAGUAAGCCCCGGCUUGUACAGUAAGACCAUGACACCCACAUACGACCCCAUCAAUGGGACACCAGCCUUAUCCACUAUGACUUGGUUUGGUGACAGCCCUUUGACAGAGCAAAACUGCAGUGUUCUGGCCUUCAGCCAACCUCCUCCAUCACCAGAUGUCCUCGCCGACAUGUUCCAGCCUCGAUCUUUGGUUGACAAAGCCAAGAUGAAUGCAGGCUGGCUGGAUUCCUCAAGAUCCCUUAUGGAACAAAGCAUUCAAGAGGAUGAGCAGCUGCUGUUGAGAUUUAAAUACUACACCUUCUUUGACUUGAAUCCUAAAUAUGAUGCUGUCCGAAUAAACCAACUCUACGAGCAAGCCAGGUGGGCAGUUCUCUUGGAGGAAAUCGACUGCACAGAAGAAGAAAUGUUGAUCUUUGCAGCCCUGCAGUAUCACAUCAGCAAGCUGUCCUUGUGUGCUGAAAUACAGGACUUUGCAACCAAGUCUGAGGUUGACGAGGUAGAAGCAGCAUUGUCUAGUUUGGAAGUGACCCUGGAAGGUGGGAAGGCGGACAACGCUUUGGAGGACAUUACUGACAUCCCUAAACUCGCAGAUUAUCUCAAAUUAUUUAGGCCCAAGAAGCUAAUGUUAAAAGCUUUCAAACAAUACUGGUUUGUCUUUAAAGACACAUCUAUAGCCUACUUUAAAAAUAAGGAGCUUGAACAAGGAGAGCCAAUAGAGAAGCUAAACAUUAGAGGCUGUGAAAUUGCGCCAGAUGUGAAUGUAUCAGGGAGAAAAUUUGGAAUCAAGUUACUAAUCCCCGUUGCUGAUGGUAUGAAUGAAGUGUAUUUGAAAUGUGACCAUGAGGAUCAAUAUGCCCGGUGGAUGGCUGCCUGCAUCUUGGCAUCGAAGGGUAAAACCAUGGCAGACAGCUCCUAUCAGCCAGAAGUCGUCAGCAUCCUUUCAUUUCUCAAGAUGAAAAACCGAAACUCAUCACCUCUGGUGGCUUCCAGUCUUGAAAACAUGGAUAUGAACCCAGAAUGUUUAGUAUCCCCCCGCUGUGCAAAAAAGCACAAGUCUAAACAGCUGGCAGCCCGGAUCCUGGAAGCUCACCAUAACGUAGCCCAGAUGCCUCUGGUCGAAGCCAAACUGCAGUUCAUCCAGGCAUGGCAGUCCUUACCUGAGUUCGGCCUCACCUACUACCUUGUCAGAUUUAAAGGAAGCAAGAAAGAUGACAUCCUGGGAGUUUCAUACAACAGGUUGAUUAGAAUUGAUGCAGUCACUGGGAUACCCAUUACAACAUGGAGAUUCGCCAAUAUGAAGCAGUGGAAUGUCAACUGGGAAAUCCGGCAGGUGGCAAUCGAGUUUGACCAAAACGUCUCCAUCGCGUUCACCUGCCUAAGUGCAGAUUGCAAGAUUGUCCAUGAGUACAUUGGUGGCUACAUCUUCUUGUCUACCCGAUCCAAGGACCAAAAUGAAACACUCGAUGAGGACCUCUUUCACAAACUGACUGGUGGUCAGGACUGAACUGAAGCAGGUCUACGUGGCCUACGUGGACUAGGAGUCCCUUCCUGAAUGGCUAGGAUCUGUGGCUUUCCCUGUGUGUAGCUUGCAGACCAACAAAAUGUAUGCUUACCAUCAGAUACCCAGGUCCUGCCUCGUCUGAGUGCACUGAACACAUUCCUCUCCUUACUGUGUCUCAGGCUGCCAGCAGUAGACUGGGCUCCUGCUGCUUUUCCUAUAAAGUGGGUGGAGGGAGGGAGAGGCUGGUACUCUAUGGAUGCUCUAAGGCACAUCAUGGCUCUCCAGCAAUGUGGCUUGGUAGGCACAUGUAAGUGCUAACCAGCAGCUGACCUGCUUGUAUGCCUCAUGGUAAGUCAGCAGUGAACAGAGAGGGGUAAUAGGGAUGCAUAGCACGUACAAAUCUCGAUCCACACACUCGGGUCCUUCCUUAACAAAACUGAGCAUAGCUCUCAUCUUGCCAAAGUGGCAGAGGGAGUCUCAACACCUUUUUUCUUUGGAGGUCAACGAGAUGAGUGGGAAGGAGUGGGUUACAGUGGUCUUCGGCAUCAUCGGUUUACUGUGACUGUCACAUCUGUUAAGGUGACCACUCACCAUCUGGUCUAAUCGUUGGUCCUCACAGUAUGGCUGACAUGAGAAGCUUCAUUCCUAGGGAAUCCCACAGACACACUGAAGUCCUUCUUAAAGACACAGGCACUGAAGGGAUACAUGGGAGCCCAGUCUCAGUCAAGAUCCACAACUCAAUUGAUUUGGUUCUAGACUGGGUCUCAAGAAAACAGGCCUCGCUCUCUGUUAAUCAAAAACACCUUCCACGGAGCUGGAAAGAUAGGUCAGCAGUUAAGAUGGCUUGCUGCUCUUACGGACGAUCUCAGCUGAGUUCCAAGUACCUAGCUUUAAGGGAUCUGAUGUCUUUGUCUGAACUCUGUGAGUACCUGCACAACACACACGCACACACACACACACUUAAAAACUACUCAAAAAAAAAAAUCUCUGGCAGGAUUCCAAGUCCAGUCAGGCCUCCGUUCCAUGCAACCAAGUAAGGAAAGGUGGGAAAAUCUGUUUCAGAGUCCACCAUAUUGAAGUUCUGCUUUCAAAGUCCUGUCUGGUCUAGGUAAUAAAAAAGUGUUCUUACCACUCAGCUGCAUUCUGGAUGUGGAGUCUGCCUCUAUGAUUCUUGCCAUUUCCCCUAAACAUCUUCAGCUUUGGAAAUCACAAGACAAUAACAGACUCCUGGAGGCUGUGUUUUGCAGUAUCAUCCCUGUCCUGCUAUAAGCGUAAGCCCUUGGCAGCUGCCUGAAUGUCAUAUUCUGGUUUUUCAGUAGGAGGGAAGGAGUGGGUUUUGAGUAAGUGGAUUGCAGCCUCAGAGCUAAAGGGAGGUGUUUCUGUGUGGAAGGAAGCCUUCUCCUUCCACACGAACUCAGACUGCACAGAUAGAGCAAGAGCUUUCCUUGAACUCGGCAUGUUUCAGGGUUUUGGAUGGAGCCCAGUGACCUUCAAGCCUCGGCUGUUGCUUUGUUUCCCAACAAGGCCACCUGGGAAGGAAAGGUUCUGCAAUUCUCAAAGUCAGGAGACAGUCCUGGCCUGAAACCACAGACCUGAGCCAGAAGAACCUUCUGGAGGUUUCUUUUAGCCUUUCCAGAUACCCACUGAAUUUCUGGGGCUCAACUUUGCUCGGAAACACUUUAAGCAUUUGGAAGAUCUGGUUUCUGUCAUCAAGAACUUAAUUUGGGGUGUUUUUCUGCAGGCAAGUAUGUUAAGUGCCGCAGGAAACAUGGUGCUCUUCUUUCCUCUGCUGUCCUGGGCUCUGCUGUUUAGGGCCUAGACGGGGUGCAGUAUACUCCUGGGUACACUACACUAGGCUGGGUGGAGUGUACACACAGUGUGCAUGCCUUUAAUCCCAGAACUCAGGAGGCAGACGCAAGUAGACAUCUGUGAGUCUGAGGCCAGCCAGGGCUCCGUAAUCAAAGCCUUUUUUCGAAUUGAAAAAUAUUUGCUUGCUAGAGCCUAGACAGAUCUUUCAAAUCCUGGUCACAAUGACCUCCUUGAUUACGUGUCACCUUGAUUACAUGUUACCCACGAGAAUUCAGCUUCCCUAAUCUGCCAGACCAGGGCUUCAGGUUAGCCCCUCCUUCCCUUUGUAUGGUUGGCUGAGAUUUCCAUUAAACGCCUGGAGGAGUUGGCUUCCCGACAUGCAAUUCUAGGUAGCAUUUCUCCCAUGGUUACACAGCUACAUCUCAAAGGAAUAAAUUGGUAUGAGAAGAAAAUGUUAAAUGCCAUUGUUCUA